UAAUUUUUAUAAAAAUUGGUAAAUUUUAGAUAAAAUCAAUGGACACUUAUCCCUCUACAUCUCCAGAUGUCAGGAUCAAACCUGUCAGCAGGAAGAAAAGCAGGCUUCAACCAAUCAGACCAGAUGCCUUGAGAAGGACCCAAACUGGCUUUGGAAGCGGAGAUCAAACUAAAGCUGUACAAAUACUCCUUGAAGAAAACGAUCGAUUAAAGAAAGAGCUUGAACAAGCCAGAAAAGAAAUCUUUGCACUUCGAGAAGAAAAUCUUGAGCUCAAGAAACAAUCCAGAGGAGGUCCGAUAAAAGGCCAGUCUACAUUUGUGACCUCUUCUAAGCCAACCAACAAUGGAAAGUCGUCAGAAGACAGCAAAGUUAAUAAUGGAGAAAAAGUAUGCAACAAUUGUGGAAAUGGAAUUCCUGCUAAUAACUACAGUCUCCAUGUAAUCUACUGUGAGAAAAAUUUGACUGAGUGAUCGUACUGCAAAAUGAAGUUCAACAAAGCAGAUCUAGAUAAUCAUAUCGAAGAAGAACGAGGAGUUUACCAAGAUUUAUUAGAAGCAGUCAUUAAGGGGAAAACCUCUGAUAUUCAGACAAUGUAUGAACACGGGAACGACAUUGCUGCAGUUGACCCAUCAGACAGCAGCGAGAAUACUCUUCUGCAUAUAGCAGUAAAGCAUGGUAAGAAAAAUACAGUAGAACUACUCCUAAAGCUAGGUCUGAAUAUUAAUGCAUUGAAUAAGAAUCAUGAGUCUCCUCUACAUCAUGCUGUUUCGAUAAAAGAUGAACAGGAUGCUCUAGAAACUCUAGAAUUUAUGCUUCUCAAAGGUGCAGAUCCAACUCAAAAAGAUAAGCUUGGGGAUACACCAAUAGAAAAAUGUAAAAGACUUGGGAAGAGUAGUCUCCUAAUGUUAUUCCUCAACAGUGCUGAUGAGAGACUUCCCACUCCAUCUAUGAACUUCCGGAUGUAAGGAAUAUGCCAGAAUUUUUUCAUUAAAUCUAUUAAUAAUUCAGCUAA